AUGUAUGGGUAUUCAUUCCCAAGUUGCAGUUUGGAAGAUGUUGACUUCGACAUGCUUGUAGGAGAUUCUUUGGAAGGUUUUGGCUUUGACUUAUUCGUAAGUUCUAUUUUAGAUAUUUUUAUUAUUGGCAUAUUCGCAAGUGUUUCGUUCGUUAUGGCUGGUUUUAGUACCCUUUUGGGUAAUAUCGGUACUGGCGUAUUCUUAAAGACUUUAUUUGGUAAUAUCGGAUUUGAUGUCUUUUUAAGUACUUUUUUCGGUAAUAUUGGUAUUGGUGUAUUUGUAGACUUAGAUGGACUUAUAAAUGUAGUUGUAGGAAUACCUGGAGGCACUUCUUUUGGCAAUAUUGGUAUUGGGGCGUUUGUAGAUCUACCUGUAGAUAUUUUCGUGGAUGUAUUUGCAGACAUGUUUUUAAGUGAACUUGUAGAUGUGUUUUUAAGCAAUAUCGGGGUUAGCGUUGUUUUAGAAUCAAAAUCUGGUUCCUUAGAUGUUGGUAAUAAUUCAGUUUCUUUUUGA